AUGCCACUCACGCUGCCUCCGCUGCCUCCGCUGCCCUCGAUGCAAGUGGUGAUCGACCAUCCCUCAUCUCAAGACGAAGAGGAUCAACUGGCGUGGAUCUCAGCUCCAAACGUGCCUAUUCCCACACAUGAGUCUAAUUUCUCUGCCUACAAACGUCGUGCCUUAUCCCUAAGCGACCUGAUACCACGAGCACGAACGUCUUCAGCUCCAGCCAAGGCGCUAGUUAGUGCCUUGCACAACGUCUCGAGUCGAACGCACCAAAAAUUGGCCACGCUGCGCUCACGAUCAGACAAGAUCAUAAAAAAAUCUAGUCCAACUGGAGGCUGGCGACUACCUAUGAAGGUAAAUAACCCAAUUCGAGGACCGUCACCAUCACCUGUGACCAGGCAGCGAUUCAAGUGGAGUGAGCACGAUCAAUUGCAACAUGCACAAGCCACGUUUGAGUAUCAUGGAGAAGACGCAGGUGUAGGGUCCAAUUACUUUCACAUUGUUGCCGAUGGUGUUUCGUCUCCGUUUAGUCGCCAGUCCUUAUUAUAUUCCGAUGCAAUCCCCGUGUCUUCGGCCAUUUUGUCAGCUGAAGUCGUAAAUUGUGUGCAAGUCGCGCUUAAAGAGCUCACAAAUCAGAAUAAAGAAUCAGUGACCCAACUGGCAUUUGAAAAUGCAAUUGUGGACGCCAUUAAAACAGCGAGAAUCAACUGUUUUCAGCACAGGAAAUCUAGACUAGCGACAACCCUGGCUGUUUCGUACUUCAAUCGCUGGAUGGGUCGGUUAAUGACAUUUACGUUAGGAGACUCCAAGUGUUUGAUAGUUCGACAGGGUGCUGUAGUAUAUGAGACAUUGGCUGUCUUGCGGGAAUUUAAUGUUCCAACGGUAGUUAAUUUGAAAGAACAAGUCGUGGCUAAAGAUUAUGUUGUCCAGACCUAUGCAUUACAAGAAGGCGAUAUUUGUCUUACGUUUACGGAUGGGAUAGGCGAUAAUGUGUACAAGGACGACAUACUAGCUGCUCUUAAAGUUUGCAGUGCGGAGGAGUCUGCGCUGCAAAGUGUAUGUAAUGAAUUGGUGGAUAUGUCAAAAAUGACGGACGCGAAAGAUAAUGAAGAAAAUUUUUAUCCGCAUUAUUGA